GGUGUGACGUCAUUAUCGUCCUCGUGCAAGAUGGCUGACAACAAAUUAUAUGAACUUCUUGGUGUUAGCCGAAAUGCCACAGAAACUGACCUUAAGAAGGUAUAAAGCUUUUAUUUUAAUAUUCAAUCUGUUUUUGGUAUUUUAUACACAGAUUCUUCAUUUAAUACUUGCGGUAAAAGAACUUAAAUUUAUUUUUAUUUGUCUUUUUUUUUUAUCGGUCGACCUAUAUUAUCAGACUAGUUCACAAUCACCGUGGGGGUCGUCCCAGCCGCAGUAGUGCCUCUUGACUCUUGAGGCAUUCUCAUUCUAUAUAAUUUGUGUAGUAAUGCAGGGAAUUCCCAAAAUGACUCAGACAGCCCCUCGUUUGUUAUUUUGGUAAGGCAAAAUCACAAAGGGAUUUUUCUUUUGUUGGAGUUUUAUAUUUAUUUGGAUCCUCAUCCUGUUUUUACUGUCAUGCCUGCCUUACUACUGAGAAGGGGCUGGGUAAUCCCUUAUUUUAGUGCUUUUUAUUAUUUCUACAGAAAUAAACUUAAAAAUGGCUCAGUGGCUACUAUAACUAUAACAUGUAUUUAUUGUAGUUACUUCGAUGAAACAAGGGAGACUACCGUAAAUUAUGAGGAUGAUGCCCGGGGCUUCCUAUCAUGGCCACCAUCUUAGUAGACACUCCUUGUGAAGUGUCAACCAAGAUGGCGGCCAAAAUGUAGUGCAAAACAAGUUAUGAAACGACUGGGGAGGGGAAACCCCUCCCCAGACCCCUCACCGCCUAAAGCCACUAGUAGGUACUUUGACACAAAAUUUAAAUAUUGUCCGAUUGCCAUGAAUGAUACAUCAUUUUAAAGGGCUAGCCAUAAGCUUUAUAACAACACCAACUUUAUCUUUCUAUCUUUUAUAGAACUGGAGUUAUGAUUUUUUUUGUCAAAUUUUUUAUGCUAUACUAUAUAUUUGACCCAAAAAAUUUGUGACCCACUUUUCAAUUUUUUCCACUUUUUGACCCAUAACUUUUUUAUUUUUAAAGAUAAGGGUACCAAAUUUUCAGCACACACUCUCAAUGCAAUGUAAAACACAAUGAAAACAAAAGUUGCACAUUAUAGAAGAUACAUUUAUUUUGAAAAAAUAUUUUUGCAGAGAAAGUGAAAAAAAAUUGGUAAAAGAAACCCUUUUUUUUUUGGAAAAAUUAUUAUUUCUUUACAUGAAAAACAAAAAAAAUUGCAUGUUUAUUCCAUUUUCAAGUAAUAAGAAUAUCACAUAAAAAUUAUAAUUUGAUUAUAGGCAUUUUAUGUUCUGUAAGGGAUUUAAAAAUACCUGAAAAGAAAAAUAAUGAAAAAUUUAAUUUUAUUUUUAUAAAAUAAAACCAUAAUAUUAAUAUAAACUAAUUGCAUGAGAUAAAACAGUGCUUCUACUUAAUACGUCCUGAAAAGAAGUAUAGAACUGUUAUUAAUAAAUUAUUCAAAUAUAACGACCUAAAUAUAAAAAUAGAAAUAUUAAUAAAGUAUUCAAAUACUGAGUCAAAACAGUUACACUGUAACAAAAAAAAAUGUUGCAAAGUCAGUUUGUAAAUAAAUUACAGACAAUAAAUGUUUAACUAAUACUAAUAAUAUGAACACUUAUCUGUAUGAAAUGAUGAAAUGAAGAAUUUGAAAUAUUCUGAAAAUAAAAUAAAAAGGAGGGGGGGGGGGGGAUUAAUUUUUUAAAAUGUAUUCCAAAAUAAAAAGUCAGACGUUCAUACAUAUAAUUAUAAAGUAAUGAUACCCAACAAAUAUUUAAUCAAUGUCUUAAUUAUAAUUAAUACUUGUACUGUAAUAUGAAAUUUAAUAGUUACCUUUUUUUUAAAGAAAAUAAACGUCCUGAAAAAGACAAAUGGAAUAGUUCAAAAAAAAAAUUCAAGUGAGAAGCAAAUCAAUAGUACAUACAUAUUUAUGUGUUUACACAAAAUAAUUUUCUUAAUUGAUGCAAACAGUAAUUAAUACUAGAUUAAGGUUAAGACAACAGCCUGAAAAUAAAAAAUUGAAAAGUAUUGAAAAGAAAUGAAAAUUCUUACAUAAACAUAUUUACUCAAAAUAAUUUUAUAAAGAAAUGCAAACAGUAAUAAUACAACCAUUAAAAGAAAAGAUAACAGCCUGAAAAUAAACAUGUGAAAAGUAUUUUAAAAAAGUAAAAUUCAAAAUGGUUCUUACAUUAAAUAUUUACACAAAAUAACUUUCUAAAUAAAUACAAACAGUACCGUAACUAAUAAAAAGAUUAAAAGAGAAGUUAACAGUCUGAAAAAGAAAAGUUUGAAAAGUAUUAAAAAAGUUAUCAAGACAAAAGAUAAAAAAAUACAUAUACAUUAUAUACAUGUCUACAAAUUAUAAUUUUCUAAAUUAAUUCAAACAGCAUUAAAAACACUAGAAUAAAAAGUUAUAUGAGCCUGAAACAGAAAUAUGGAAUAAAGGAGGUAUUAAAAAAAAUAUCCCUUCAAAAUUAAACAACAACAAAAAAAAAGGUUCAUACUGUUUUUAAGUAUUUACACAAUGAAAUCUAUAAAAAGCAUGAAAAGUGAACAAAAUAACCUGAAUACAAAUGGGAAAAGUAUUAAAAAAAGUAAUCAAUUCUAAUCUUAACAAAAUCUAAAAAUUAUUAACAGUAACUUUAAAAUUAAAUGUGAACAAUGCAUGCUGAAAAGGAAAAAAUUAGCAAAAUGUUUUUUAAUGUACCCAUAUACAAAAGCAAACAGCAACAAAUUUUGAAAUUAUCUAACUGAAAUGAAAAUCUCCCAUUAUGGCAUCUGCAAUUAAAAAAGUAACAGGAAUAAUCUGAAUAUCAUCUAAACUAUAAACUACACGACAACACUUCUUUUUGUUUUUAGUUACCACUGCAACUACUUCCCCCUCAAAGACCUUGUCUUCUCCAUCUACAUGCCAAACAUGCCUGAUAGGUAAGGGCAGGCAGUCUACAGGGUUCUGAAACAUUUCAUUAAAAUUUUCUUUAGUACCUGGGAGAAGACUAGAGAAAACAUCAUCAUCCAACCCCAAACCAGUUUCCAGACAGUUUCUAAUGUUUCUUUCUAAUUUAUUUCUAUCUGUCUUAUCCCUUUUCUGCGCUAAUUCUGUCUGUCUAAAAAUAACCACCUGUCUCAUUAACUUAUCCCUACUCUUAAGAACUUUAACCUGCCUACGUGCAAAGUUAAUUGCAAAAGAAAUCAUCCUAACCUGUUCCGAACUGGGUUUCCCUACCAACCAUUCCAUUGUCUUAUUGGCAAGAGACUUCACCUUGGCAUCAACAAAAGCCAUGGAUGCGUUGGGUGCCCUCUUAACCUGGGCAUCCACCAUGCCCAACACACGCUCACAGAAGAUGUUGUGAACUGGAGCAGAUGAAGUCUUUGCCAUCAGGUCUGGUUGGGGGUCCGCCAGCUCACCAUCAGUAUAAUCCCCCAGCUGCCUACUUAAAACAUUUAAAAAACAUUUUGCUAGUAAGGAGAUUGUAAAAAAAAACCGUUCUGAUGUUUCCUCGGAGUUGCUCCUCAGCUUCAGCAGGACAUCAUCCACCUCCAGCUGGUGGUUGAACACAUCAUGGUCGAUGGUGAGGACCAAGGCUGGGUUGUCUGCAAUCUCCUUCAACGUGACCAUGCAUGUUUUGAUGAGUGGAGUCUGUGAUAAAAAGAAAAUAAUGGACUUUUUUAAUGGGCACAUAAUAUUUUUAAAAAUUAUAAUGGUGGUUAAUCGCUAUAGACAAUUACAAUGAACACAUACCAUUUCCAAAUGCUUUAAUCCACCAGGAUUCUUAUAGAAUGUGGUCAUCCAGGGGCCAGUCAAGACCUUCCCGAAGAGACCUAACAUAUAAAAUAUAAUAAAAUUUAGGAAACAAUACACACAUGUAUAAUAUUGAUAAACUACAUGAGAUAUUGUUUAACAUUUCACCACUACAAUAUUUUAAAAUACAUAUAUAUUUACCUAAAGCUCUCAACUGCAAAAAAAUGUUGGGGUUGUCGAGAUCCUUCAUAAUGACCGAUCGCAACCCCAUAGCAGUUGAGUACUUAGUCAAGUACUGGGAUAGCAUAUCCUUCAGGUGGACAAUGAUCCCUGCUAGGUGGAACAGAACAUGGAGUCUGUUCCCCACAUAGCGUACUAUGACUCCUGGGUUUAGCUUAGAUCUCUCAAGGAAGGCCUUAAACCCUGAUGGGUCUCCUGAUUUCAUUUUGUAUCUGUAAAUGUAAAGAAAAUAUUUUAGUAUUUCAAAUUUAUAAUCAAUUAAAAAACAUAACACUUAAAAACCAAAUUUUGAAUAGAAUAUACAAAAUAAUAAUUUUUUAUAUUUACCUCAAUUUAGACACAGCAUAAACCAAAUUAGCUGCGCAGCCUUCACUUCCAAAAACAUUACCCUUAAUCUCCCACUCAACGUCUAAAGCUCUGAGCUCCUUCCUGGCCUGGGUGGCCAUGCCGUCCAGAGGGUGUAAGUGGCACUUCAGCUGCACUAGCUUCUUGCCUAGGGUCUCUUCCAGUUGCUGAGACACACACUUAUUCACCCGAGCUCGAUCGCUUAGCGUUGCCUGGAGAGAGAGAUUAAAAGUAUACAGCACCAUUUGCUGUUGAAUUUUAUGGAAAGUCGAAUAGACGGAGGCAACAUCCUGAAGCGCAUUCAUGACUUGCUCUAGGUAAUCCUCUGUCUUACCACCUGCUAUUCCUGCUGUCUGGAGAGUCAGGUUCUGCCCAUCAGCUGAAAUGUUACAAGCGUUAAUAUGCUGACCGUCAAGUGGUGUAGAGUCUCAGGAUAAUGUAACAUUAUUAGCCUGAAACAAUGCUUCACCGACUUGAAGGUCAGAGAGGAUUCCCAGCUCAUAGGUCAUGGAUGCAGCUGUGGAUGCACAGGGGACGUCUGACAAGGUCUGUCCAGCCAGCUCUCGGACAAUAAAGUCAAUCACUAUUCCAGCUUUAUCCACAGGCACCUGGUUCAAAAUGCAAUUAUAUAUACAUUUCCUCAUGGGGGUAUUAUAGGUAUAUCUUUGCCUACGAGCUUUACCAUGGGUGCCUGUGGAUUUUGCAGAUGUGGUAGUGAUUACUUUAACCUUCUCAGACGCCUCCAUCAGUUCAUCCACCUUCAAGAGUGCCUCUAUCCUGUCCUCCGUCGUUGCCUUUACUGUAGCCUUCAGCUGAAACACCUCCUCCUGUAGUUUGGUGACCUUCUUCUGCAGGAUGCGGUUCCUUCUGCUCAGAAGACUGCACUUCUCCAUCUUGGUUGUUGACGCUCCCAGUUGUCGUUCCAAGUGCAGCACCUUGGUCUUCAGUGCUGUCUUCUCCCGCUUUAGUGUCUCAACCCUCUGCGUCUUCCUCUUUAUGGUCUGAGUCAAAACUUUCGUCUCAGGGGACCUGUGAAGUGACUUAGCAUUUAAUUUACAUUUAACAACCUUCACCUUAUUUUCAAAAAACUGACACCUGGCUAUACACCUUUGCCUUAUGGAGUGGCAUUGAUUACAAUCAGUGCGCAACUUCUUAAGUUUUGGUGGAGCCUUUAAUUCUUGCUGAGCUACCUGUGGAAGAAACAUUUCAUCUGUUAAUGGAGUUGCAGCAUCAGAAGAGCUGGAAGGCACAAUCUUUUUUUCCUUGGCAACUGGAACUUGAAAAGGCUGAAACAAAAGAUCUUGGAUUUUCAUCCAUUUUAAUUUUAAAUUCUUUUUUAAAGAUAAGAUAUCAGUAAACAAUCUGUUACACCGAGUACGUAUUCCUUUCUUAUUUGACACAUAGUUGAGAUCUUUCUUAAUAAAGACCUCAUCAAGUGCAGACACUGCAGCCAUCAUGCCCUCUUUCUUGUUGGCACAGCUGGUAUACAAAUAGAAUGCAUAGCCAUUCCUAUACAUGCCAGUGGCUGCAUCUUGGGCAAAACUUGCCACCAAACGAUCAAAAUCCUGAAGGGUAACAGACUCAGACAUUCUCCUAUAGCUGGGAAAAAAAAAACAAAAUCAAAUUCUUAGAAAUUAUAGCAAUAACUUUACUUUUAAUUUUGUUUAAAUUGAUUAAUACUAAUAAUUAUUAUUGAUAUUUCCAAAAUGUUAAAUUAUAUUUUUUUUUACUAUAAAAAGAUUAUUCCUAAAUUAUAUUUCAUAUUUUAUUUAUUCAUAGAUUAAAUAUUUUUAUAAUUGUAUAUUGAAUAAUAAUUUUUUAUAUUAUUAUACUAUAUAAUAAUAAUAAAUUUUUUUACUAUAAAAAGAUUAUUCCUAAAUUAUAUUUCAUAUUUUAUUUAUUCAUAGAUUAAAUAUUUUUAUAAUUGUAUAUUGAAUAAUAAUUUUUUAUAUUAUUAUACUAUAUAAUAAUAAUAAUAAUAUAUAUACGAUUCUCCACCUUUCCAAAAAAAAAAAAGCAAGCUUCAAUUUCAAUCAAUGUAAUUUUUUAAAAUUCUAAUCAUCAUAUAAGUUUCUUUGAUAUUUCAUAAUACAUUUUACUAAUUGUAUUAGAUUUAUUUCGAUGUUCAAAGAUUACUAAUGUGUUAAAACUAUCUUAUUAAGAAGUAUCUAGAGCCCCUUUAAUCUUCCCGGUGCAAAAAUAAAAAUCAACCAUUUUUUUUUUUCCGGUGCUGGUGGGGUCAUGACAAUUAGAAGGAUAUUUAUUACACCUUGAAAAUGGUAAAUUGGCAAUGUCAAAUUUAUUUCCCAUCUUAUUUGGAUGCUUAACUCGAUUCUUUAGGUUUAAAGGGUGUGCAAUUGCUGAAACGGAGUAUUAAUACAUAUUUAUAGCUUACCGUAUGGUCAAAGUGUCACAAAAAAAGAACAGAGCUCAAUCCAGUCGCUCGAAAAACAUGUGCGUCACCGGAAGACAAAUAUUAAACGUCAUCGAUGACAAAACAAAUGUACAAAUAGGAAACUGUGACGUAAAACGCAUAAAUCCGAGGUCACUGUAGAAGCGAUUGUAAGAUGGCCACUUCAAUUUUUGCGUUUUUUUUCCUCAUGCGCAGAAUGAAUGCGCAAGGGAGUAUCGGUAUGCCUACCACUAGUAAUCAGCCGUAAAAAACACAUGGAAUUUGAAAAUGAACAUAAAAACCCCAAAAUGGCAAAAAAAAAAGAAGCCAAAAAUAAUUCUAAACAAAGAAAUAAUGAAAACCCAACUUACAGUCUCACACUUUUACACACUUUACUGCAGGUUCCAAAUAAAAAAAAUAUGCACAGAUGAUUGGAGCACAACUGCCGGCAUUAGGCCAACAUGUUGAAAAGAUGGUGGCGCAAAUAAAAAAUGAUAAUUAGCCAACCAACGAUAAUUCAAAAUUAUAAAUAAUCAACCAAUUAAAAUUUAAUACAAAACACGUCAUCAGCACUUCCUCCGACAGUCAAAUAAACAAAGGGGAAUGACUCUUGCACAAAAAUUGAAUAAACAAGCAAAUGCCACCAUGGGCACUGUUCUCAGAAAUAGCUGAGACUACUACUUUUUGUGUAUCGGAAAUGGAAAUCUGUGCCGAAAAAUCAGAGUUUUUAAUUUUCCGAUGUGUCUAUUUAUUAUUAAAUGAGUUCUUUCGACAUAUAUUUGAGUUCCGUUUCCGGCCUUAUAUUUAGGUAGACAUCUUGGCCUACAUUUGCAUAGAUUUGUUUUAAUUUUUCAAUCGACCUGUAUUUUUAGAUUCCCCUUUAAAUAUAAGGCAUCUUUCACUAUAAAAUUCAUGCUUUCAUAUUAUUUGCACACAUGAAACUCUGAUGAAUGAAACAGAGAAUAGUACUAAACAAUAGAACUGACAUCUGCAAUUGACUGUGAAUGGUGGUAGCCCAUGACAAUGUGUGCACACAAGAAUUUAUAAUAUGGACUAUACCAUGUUUUUUAAACAUUAAAUUAAAAUAUUAUUGUUAAAAUUCCUUCUGUUUAUUUUAGAACACAAAAUAUCAAAUAUUUUGAUGUAAAUAUGGUAAUAAUGUAAUAUUAAAUAAUAUAUAAGUAUAUUCAACUUCUGCCAUCAAAAGGGGAAGUGGGGGUGGUCAAAUUUGAACUGAGUGCCCUUACAAUUGUGCAGGUUGCAAGGAUGAGCAUACGCAAGCCAGACAUGAUAUACCUCUAAUAAAAAUGUGCACAAAUAUACAUAAUAAUUGUGUUGUUCGUCCGCCAAAUUCGACUAGGAUCAUCUAGUCAUCCUGUUUGGGUGAAUUCGUAGGUGGCUUGCUAGUCCGAUCAGUGCUCGAAAUAAUCUCUGGCACCGCGGGCAGGGGAUAGUUGCUGUAUUCGAUGAUCUAAGUUUGCUCUUUCGGGCUAGCCUGCGUGUCUCAGCUGUGGCUAUCCUACUGGCUUCAUGAUAUUGAGCCCCCUUCUUGACAGCUGAUCUCCACAUGGCUCUGUUCUGGGCUGUCAGCACCCAUUCAAUGGGGUUGAUGCUAAAGGUCUUUAGUGCCACUUUCAGUGAGUCUUUGUAACUCUUUUUUUUUUUACCUCCUUGGGAGCGCUUGCCUAUCGAGAGUUCUCCAAAGAAUAUCUGUUUAGGGAGCCGGUUGUCUUCCAUACUGGCCUUGUGUCCCAUCCAACGGAAUUGAGACUGCAUCAGGGUGGGUUUGCUCUAGCGAGGACCUCCGUGUUCAUGUGGACACGUCUAAAAUUUAAACUGCAUAAAAUUUGGUGUUCAAUAAAUUUAUUUCAUGCAUCUAGGUAUGGAGUCAUGUUACAUUUUGGGGCUCGUUGGGUGUAACACAAAAUAUCAUAUUUUUGUAUUCCAUUGGAUUAUUAUUUAACUAGGCAUUAAUGUACAUUUGAAAUAUAUAUACAUCACUCUUUUGUGGCGUUAUGCGCCAUUUUGGUGUACCCACUCCUCUUUUGGUCUGAUUUUUUAAAAAAAAGUUUGAAAUAAGUAAUCUCUAAUAAAAAUUUAGUAACUACUAAAAGUAAAGGAUUUAUAUAAAUACAGCUAGUUAAAGGGACCUAAUUUUCCACAAAUAUUUUUUUCAGGGGCUCUCUGAAUAAGUGUACAACGAUGCAAAAACUAAAUUCAGGUGCAUCCCUGCAUUUUGAAUUUUCAAACACUGUUCCAAAUGAAAUUUUUAAAAUUCUUUUGUCCAGAUGACAUCAACUGGUGUCCUAGAUUUCUGCUCCCCCGCCCCAUCUUCAUAAUCUGCAUGGGAGGUGACCUUUAGUUAGCAAAUACUUUUUGCACUCAUUCAGUUGUGUUACUAGGGUUGGCGCAGCCCAAUAAUUUUUCCAGCCCCUUCAACUAAUAAACUGAAGUUGUCCAAAUAAUUGCAGCCCCUCUCAUAUAGAGACUGCACCCCCGCCCACGCAACUGUGUAAAUUAUACUGCUGUACUGUACUUUUGUUUAUUUAGUAUAAAAAUGAGGUAUGAUUUUGAAAUGUAAAGUACUAUCUGAAAGGAUAUUGUAAUAUUUUUGGAGUACCAUGGUAAUCAGGUCUGGAGUAAUGACCUAAUUCCAAUAUGUUAGGAUUGUAUUGACGUACUUCUUGUUUAAUAUCCACUAUAUUUAUACAAUUUUUGAAAAUUUCAGGCUUAUAGGAAAUUAGCAAAAGAAUUUCACCCUGACAAAAAUCCAGAUGCUGGAGAAAAGGUAAUGUGUGAUAAAUGAGUGUUUUCUAAGAAAUUAGAGUUUAAAAAACAAGUUUAGUAUGCACAAUUAAUGCUGCAAAUAAGCAUUGUCACUGACUGAUGAUAUGCUAAAAUUAUGUAAUAAUUGUUUUCUUUGCUAACUAAUUUAGCUGUUUAGGUAUCUUUUAGCGCUUAAGAAAAAGGCUUUACUUCUGAGAAAGAAACAUGUAUUAAUGGCUGAUUUAUUUUUCUUGUGUAUCCACAGUUUAAAGAAAUCAGUUUUGCAUAUGAAGUCUUAUCAAAUCCAGACAAGAGAGAAAUUUAUGAUAGACACGGCCUAGAUGGCAUCAAAGAAGGGGGUGCUGGCCCAGGUUAGUCACAGGAUUUUUGGGAACAGGCCUGUGAGCAUCAUUGCAGUUACCAUAAAACUUUGCUUUGUAAUAAAAUGACUCUUAUGAUUAAAUAACAAAAGAUGACGCUUAUGUUUAAAUUAACUAGAAGAACCAGCUUUAAUUUGAAUUUAUAACAAAAUAAAUAAUUUGAAUUUACUACUGGAUAAUUAAAUUCAAACGGGUACAAUUUUUUUAAAUGAGAAAAUAUGUAUAAGCAAAGAACAGCUUGAUUAUCAUCAUGCAGUUACAUAACAGUAUGGAGUUACUUUUCCCCUUCCACUGAAGUCUUUAAAGGGACUAAAAAAAAUAAUUCUCUGUUUCCAAAUUUGCAAAGAAAACAAUUAGUCAUGCGCUACAGAAGAAUCGCAUACAUAAACUUAAAAUUACAGUAUGCAUAAUCUGGAUUAACAAAGCAAAAGAAAUACAAGUUUACCAAAACUGCACAGUGUAGACUUGAUUUCAAUGGAAAAAUUAGGUUUUUGAAAAUGUGUUGUUUUUACUCAUCGGUCGCCCAAGGAUGAGGUGGAUUGAUGAUGUGGAGACAGAUUUACGCCAGUUGGGGGUUCGAGCAUGGAGACGGAAAGCCUUGGAUCGCUCCGAAUGGAAGGAUGUGGUGGAGCAGGCCAGGGCCCAACAUGGGUUGUAGUGCCAUUGAUGAUGAUAAUGUUGUUUUUAUAGUUAUGGAGACAAAUUACAUUUUAAACAGAAUAUUGAAUAGCGUUAAAUUAUGAAACUUUGUGAAAUGCUAAUAAGAUAAAUUUAUUUUCAGGUGGCGGUUUUGGUGGUGGAUUUGGUGGCAGUAUGUUUGAGGAUUUGUUUGGAGGUUUCUUUGGGUUUCCUGGUGGCCAAGUACAAAGGGGGAAAAGGAGAGGAGAGGAUACUCUACAUCCAUUGAGGUGAGUACCCUUAAAGAUAAAACUCACUGUUUAAAUAAGUAAUCUUUGAAAUUAAAUUCAUGACUAACUUUUAGGUCUUUAUUGUAUUGUAAUGAAGUUUUUAAAAAAUAAAAAUUAAAAACAGAAGUUAAACAAAAAAGGAAUUUUGUUUCUUUUUAAAGAAAGAAUUUGUCUUUUAUAUGUUAAACCAUGUAAUCUUUUUCAGAGUCUCUUUAGAGGACCUAUACAAUGGAAGAACAUCAAAACUACAACUAAGUAAAACUGUUAUAUGUAAAAAGUGUAAUGGGUAAGUUUUUUAAAAUAUUAAGUGCAGUAGUCUUUAAUCCUGACUAAUUUUGGUUUGAACCUGUCUUGAUCAUCGUGUAUUUGGAUUUUUUAAUUCCAUGGUGUUCGGUAAAUUAGUUAUUAAAUAACUGUAUAGCUUAAAAUACCUUUUUUUUUUAUAGAAAACUAGAAAGUAUCUAAAUAAAAAUACUACAUUGAUCAGAACCUACAAAAUAUGCUAACAGGACUGUACCUAAGAUCACACACAAAAUGUCACAUUUAGAAUUAAGAAUGUUUUACUAUAAAUUACGUUGCCAUUCAUGGUACACAGAAUUUUUUUCUCAACGUGCUAUCCAUAUUUUCAGCAUCUCACUCUAUAUAUUAAUCUUUUAAAAUAUUUAAUUACGGAUUUAUCAUUUCUUAUUUUGCUAAAGAUUUUUGUGUGCAUUUCAUGUUAAUUAUAAUAACCCAAGUUGGACAUCUUUUAUGAAUGGUUAACCAAGGAAUCUGCAGAGUAUUCUAAAUGGAAUGUUGAUAAUGCAGAACAUACAACUAAUUCUCAGGAAUAGAGUAUUUGCCUCUUUGACACUUCAUUCUUUAGAUGACAUUAUAAAGCAGUAUCGGUAUAGAAAAAAAUGUUUGAUGAAUGAUUCAUUGAAAGGUCUGCAUCUUGCUCUGGAGCCGCAGGUUGCAGACAUUUUUAUGUUGUAAACCAAGGACGUAACAUCUGCAAUUUGUAAAAUGUAAACAGGGUACACUGAGCAGUCAAGUCUACUUUUUGUCACUGUUACAUGUUUAUUUUUUAAUGUCAUCAUAACAUCUUAGUCUGAUUUCAAUAUGAAUUUUAUCUUUUCAACCAAAGUUGAUCAGCAAACAGAUUUAUACUUUUCAUACAAAUUAAUACUUUAAUUGCAUUUCAGUAUGGGCGGUAAAAGUGGAGCUAGCAUGCGCUGUAAAAAAUGCAAUGGUCGUGGUGUGCAAGUUCAGUUGCGACAAUUGGGACCAGGGAUGGUGCAGCAGUUACAGAGUAUAUGUUCAGAAUGUCAUGGAGAGGGUACGACAAUUAAUACAACUUUUUCUUCUUCUUCUAUAUUAGUAAUUCAAUUGUGUUAUUAGUGUCCUUUGAGAAUCCAAUAGUGAAAUUGUUUCAUGCUACAAUAUUUUUCAUUUUCUCAUCUAGUAUGAUUGAAUAAGUGAUAGAACACACAUAAAUUACCAAGUGCAUUAUUAUUUAGUAUGGAAUGUUUUUGUAUUCUCACUCUUUAAAAAUCUAUGGACAAUGCUCAUUACCAUAUCUGUUCCUUGUGCAGUACUUAAGUAUUAUGGCAGUUCGGGUUAAUAUUCAGAGAAGAAAUUCCGUUGUGAAUGAUAUUAACAAAUGUUCAUAUUUUAACAAAAUGAAGCAUUAUAGUUUAUUAUCUUUUUUUUUUUACAAUCACAUGUCAUAAAGUGUUAAAAUUCACUCAAAAGAUGCAUUAAAUUAGUUGAAAAGCGACUUUAAAAUAGCAUAUUUCAACUUUAAUAAGAUCUGGGCCUUAUUAUUUUUACUCUGUGAUUUCAUUUCAGGUGAAGUUAUUAGGGAGAAAGAUCGGUGUGCUGAGUGUAAGGGGAAAAAAGUAUGUAACGAGACAAAAAUAUUGGAGGUGCAUGUGGACAAGGGAAUGAGAGAUGGACAAAAAAUCCCUUUCCGGGGUGAAGGAGACCAACAGGUAAAUUUUUACAGUUCUCUUGAUAAAUGCAUUAUAGUUGUGAAAAUUUUGCAUUAGUUUUAUUUAAAGAAGUUUUUUAUAAAUUGAGCUUUUAGUGAGCACUCCACAAGUUGCUGCAAGCUGGGUCAGAUCUAACAUAGCUACCUUUAUAAUAAAUGCAAAUGUUUAAAUAUAGUUUUAUAAUCAAAGAACAAUAAAGUCUGUGAUAUAAUGUAAAUAACAUUUUUGUGUGACACUUAGCUUUAAUGUAACUGUCCCUCUCUUGUUGCAGCCUGGUAUGGAGGCUGGAGAUGUGAUAAUUGUUUUACAGCAGAAAGAACAUGAUGUUUUCACAAGGAAAGAUGCUGAUCUUGUUAUGGAACACAAUAUAUCUUUGACAGAGGCUCUGUGUGGCUUUAAGUUUAUUGUUAAACAUUUGGAUGGCAGGGAGCUUGUCAUACAAAACCAACCUGGAGAGGUCAUUAUACCAGGUAAUCAUUUACAUUGUUUCCUAACCCAUUUGCAACUUAUUGCACACUUGGUACAUUCAGGUUUUCCUAAGGUGCUUAUGUCAAAUUAAAAUAAAGUUUGCUGCUGUUGGUCGCCAGUGCAUUACAGCACAGCUAGGGAACCACUGUUUCAAUUGUUUUGUUUAUCUUACUUAUUACAUACUGGUAGUUCAAUAUUUAACUUGGGAAAUUGAACAAAAUUAAUUUAUUGAUAUUUGAAGAAACUAACUAAACAUUGACAAUGGAAAUCAACUGCUCUACACAUCAUCAUGACAAAGUUUUCAGUCUAUUUAUAUAUUUGUUUUGUUAUUAUAUUCAAUUAAUAAAGUAACAACAAUUGCUCUAAUAAGUUAAUGGUAAAAGUUUAUUUUAAAAAAACAAUCAAGCUAACCUGUUGUUUGUUUCUUUUCAGAUAAGUUAAAGAUGGUAGAGGGUGAAGGUAUGCCUCGUCAUAGAAACCCUUUUGAAAAGGGUAAUUUGUACAUAAAGUUUAUUAUCAAUUUUCCUGACAAUAACUUUGCUUCAGAGGAUCAACUCAAGGUAAGAUUUAACAGAAAAUGAACACUUAUUGUUAUUUAUAAUUGAAGUUGGAAAUGUUUAACCCAUGAACAGUCACUUAAGUAACUUUAUGUUUAACUAAAAUACCCAAAACUAAUGGAAAAUAAAACCAGAGAUCCAUAUAAAUAUAGAUGUUCUGAGAGUAAAUUCGACGAGGAAUCAUUUAGGAAUCUGACAUUGACCAUUGAAAACAGUGUGUACAAUUGUGCUACAGUUUAUCUUUCGUCAAUUCACACCCAAACUGACUGUUGAUUCUUUUUAUCAUCUAAGUACAUUUUCAGACACACAAAACAAUAUUCUUUCGUUUGAGAAAAUAUAAAAUUAUUUGGGUUAUUAGAAAUUUUAGAAAAAUAAAUAGCUUCCUUAGUGAACUUUAUAUUUCUUUCUAUAAUGCAUAUUUAAUUCAUUUAUACCCUAUUUUUCUCUAUUGAACUGCUACUGCCAUGAUUGUCUAAGUCUAAAAACAAUCUUCAAAAUCACUUUCAACAUUCUAGUCCUGCAAGUUAGUUUUAACAAAACUCUUUUCAAGAAUUUCAGCUCCAUUCAAAUUUUAAAAAAAAAAAUGAACAUAGGAAAUAUUUACCUUAGUUUUCUUUCCACCUGUUUUCGUAUUUUAUAAUCCGAAAUUCAAAACACUUUAUUCUGUAUGUGUGAUUGCUCACGUCUGGUUAUAAAUAUUAAUAGUAUUAGUAUAGUACAAAACCCAAUUUGUCAGUUAAAAAUGGCUCAAAAAUCUGAUAUCAAACAUAAAAUAUAUUUGUUAGUUGUCAAUAAAAGCUUAACCAUUUUAUGAUUUUUUAUAACAAGAUUGUUAAUGUUAUUGAGAAAUAGCCCGCUAUUUUGAAUCAGGAAGAAGCUGCCCUAUUUUAACCCACAAACUGUGGCAUGCAUCAUUCUGUAGUGUGGCAGCUUUUCAGGGCUUUUUGAGUCCCUUUUGACAUUGCAUUAAAUGACAUAGAAAAAUUGAUUCAAGACCCCAAUAAGUUUAUACAUUUUAGAAAGGUAACUGGAUGGGGAUAAAGUUGGCUAUAUUGCCCACCUUGUAAAAAAAAAUUUUGCUCCUUGACCUUGGAGUGCUCAAAGAAAAAAAAUAAUCGACAAAGUGUCUUGCUUUCAAGUGCUUAUAACAUCAUUAAUUUUUAUAGAUACAUUUAAAACACUAAUCGAAAUUUUGUAGCCAAUUCAUUUAUCUUUCAGAAAAUGUAUAGUAUGCUAAGGUUUUGAUUACAAUUAAACCUCUGAAAGCAAUUUUGGUAAUUUAAGUAAUUUACUACUGAAAAAAAUAAGAAACAGGGACCACAGCUAAAACCAAGUAAAACAUACAAAAUCUCAGGCAAAAUAGUUAUUAUUGACUAGUAAAUACUUAAAAGGGAACUGUGGCACUGAUUUGGGUUGUUUAACUAUAAAAUUUAUUAGUUCUGAUCUAUAAUCUGUAGCUUCUGUGACUAAAAUUCAGUCAGUCAUUGCCCAACCCCCGGGCCUGGCUCGAAGUCUAACAGUUUGCCUACUUCCUUAUCACUAAGACUAGUAUCAGAUUCACGAGAAGAAGAAUCUGAAGUGAGAUAUCAUGGAGGAAUGUUAAAAUCAGUAUCACUUAAAUCCUCUCCUAAAAAGCUUCCAUAAAUAUUUCUAUUAAUUCUCGCACUUAAGGCCCAUCCAUGGUUGCAUCCAAUUUAGCUUUUAAAAAAAAACGAUGAUAUAAAACUCCAAUUAAGAAGUACUUAUUGCUAAGUUAUCAAGUUAUAUAGAUAAAUAUAUAUAUAUAAGUGAAAGUUUGUUUGUUUGUGGCGGGAUUUGUUUGUUCCACAAAGACUUUUACAAGGAUUGAAAGAUCUUGACCAAACUUGGCACAUAGAUCCAUCAUGAUCCAGAAAGAAAUCUUAAGGGGUUAUGAACUUUUUAUAACAUUCCGUUUGGGGCCGGGGGCCCCGAAUUUGUUUUUUCCUUAUAUUAUUAUGAGCUAUAUAAAAAUAAUUAGAAACAAAUACUCCUACAUGAGUAGAUGGAUCUUGACCAAACUUAGUACACAUAUAAUUUAUUAUCCAUAUUCAAAUACCAAAGGGUACUGAACUCAUAAUAUCCAUGGGGGGGGGGGGGGGGGGGGGGCAGUUAACUUUUCAUUAUAUAAGCUUUAUAAAUCUCAAUAGGCUUAGACAACACUAUAGUUUCUAUGUGAAUUGAUGGAUAUAGGCCUAGCGUUGUACCAAUACCCUUCAUUGGCUGUGUUGAUAUAUCGGUGGAUUUAAAACUAAUAAUACCCAAUCUAGAAUUUUCCAGAAACUUCCAUAAUGUUAAAAAGCUAUAUCUGUGCCAUUUUUAGUAGAUUUUAAUGGGACAAAUUUUAAAUUUUAACUUCAUUAUUUAUCUGUCUGAUUUUAUAGGGCCCCCUAGCUCAGCUUUAACUUAUCGGUACAGUUAUGUAAUGGGCCCCCCGGGGGCUCCUUGAGUAACUUAAAAGAAAAAGGAUUAUAAUUAUGACAUUUGUUGAAGAUUUUUAUUGUAUUUGAAAAAAAAUUAGAUAAGUAGUUUUUACACAUGUUUCGAGUGGUUAUUAAAUUUAAUCUAGAAUUUUCCAGAAAGUUCUAAUUUUUUCCAAAGGGAUAUGUAGUGGGUUCUAAGGGAAUACUGAAAUGUUAGUUAGUUCUAUUCAUUUCUAUACUGUCCCGGAGUUUACUUUUUUCUCAGUAAUGCUGAGUAAUUUUUUAUAUUCGGAAUAGAAACAAAGGGGUCGGGAUCCCAUCAUAAUCUUUAUACCAAUGGGAUCAGGAUCCCAGCAGAUCAGGAUCACAUCGGCAAAUGGGACUCCGCCGAGAUCGGUGUCAGAAAUGGGAUCGGGGGUCCAACUAGGAUGGGGUCCUAUGCAAUCCCGGGCCACGCCGGGUAUAUCGGCUAGUUAUUAAUAAAAGGAAGUGGCUAUAAUUAUAUAUUGGAUUGCAAGUUUCUAUCGGACCAUGUUUUUAAUCUGCCAAUUUUUUCGGCAGCCACAGUACAGAACGAGAAUAUCGGCAGAUUCUUUGGCCGACCACAGUUCGAGGGUUAAUAGUAUUUUUAGAUUUGGAAUUUCUAAACCCGCCCAUAUGCGGGUGUCAUAAUAAUAUAACAAUUAUUAAAUUCUUUAAAUUUGAAUCAAAAUGGUGGAAUCUUAGAAACAAUUGUAAAUGUAAAUUUUAUUUUUUUCCUCUAAAAAUUAUCGCCAUUGGCUUUUUAAGUAAUACAAAAUGACCCCUUGCUAAACUAAAAAAUCUACAAUUGAUAUCAAAAACAAGGUAUUGAAAAAUCCCUUGUUAUCAUAUUGAAAACGGAAGGAUGGUGACCCAUUUUCAACAAGAUGGCUGUGGCCUUGCUGUUUCUAGAUCCGGCUGUAGAAAACUUAUCAAUAAAUAAGAAAUAAAUAUUAUUUUAUUAGUUAUUGCGAUUUGCCCUUAUAACAUUAAUUUUAGGAGAGGCUUCAUAGAAGAAUUCAUAAGGGCAGGUGAUAGGCCAAUAUGGAGUUUUGUGGGUUAAGUAUGAAAUUAUUAGAGCUUUUAUGAUGUAUCUUAACAGAAAAUUCAGGCAUAUUCAUGGUUUUGUGUUACAGGUUACUGCAGUGAAAUUUUAGAAUGCAGCCUUUGUCACUCAUUUAAAGUACUCUUAGGCAUUUUAGGGAUUCAUAAAUUAUAAUUUGCUUUUCUCAAAAGGUCUUGGAAACUUUGCUUCCACCACGACCUCGAACAGAAAUUCCCACCGGUGAAAACGUGGAGGAGGUGAACCUUGUCGACUUUGAUGGCAGCAAGGGAUUCAGCAGCCACGGUGCCAGGUCAGAGGCAUACCACGACGACGACGAUGAGGAUGGUCACGGCGGCAACCCGCGCAUGCAGUGUCAACACCAAUAAUGUUAGCCACACAUAAAUGUAAAUAGUUUUCCCAGUCUUAAGCUCUAUGUCUUAUUGUUUAAAACAACAAGAACAUACAAUAACAACUGAGAUGAUUUUGUAAGAUGUUUUGCAAAUGGGAAUUAUGUGUUUAUUUUUAGUUACCAAGUAUCCAUUGUGAGUAAAUAUGUCAUGAACAAUUGGUUUGAGUGAUAAUAUCAUUGAAGUAGAAUAACAGACUUGUUUUUAAUAAGCAUCUACAUUUGCAAAUACUAGAUUUAGAUACUAAGCUAUCUGCAGAAUUUUGAAGUGUGCGAAUAAAGGGCCAUAGAAUAAUUCUGUCCUGAAAUAUUUUUGUUUGUCAUUUUAUCAAUAGCUAAUAGUGCCUCUGGCUUACAGAUGACACAACCUAUUGACAGCCAAACAAUUUACAUUUUUUAAUUUAUUGUAGUGCUUUGCUAAUAAAGGCAGCAGUGUCUGAUAUAAAAACACGCUGUAACAUUGGUCUACAGCCCACUAGCAUACACACACACGCACCAAAAGCUUAUUCAAAUGUCACACUGACAAUUUCACUUUCACCUCUCUUUAUGUUGGAGAGCCAUCAGAUGAAUGAAUGGUUUUCGUUUAUAAAAUUUUUCGCCAAGUUCAUUUUUCCUGUCUUGGAUGCUAUUGAGAUGAACUUGAAAGUCGUCAAUGGAUGCCUAUGAUGGCAUCUGCUUGAGAUAGACCGACACAUUUUGUUGAUAGAAUUUACACCCUGUUUGGGAACAUAUGAUUUUGUGUAAUAACUAGGAAAUGAUUUGCUUGCCUAGGCGCAUUGUUCAAUCAACUGUUUAUUUAUUUUUAGAAAUGGUCUCAGAUGUGCUUCCACACACAUUGUAGUGGUAAAAAUCGCAUUUCCAUAGAACAAUUUUUAAGUGAGACCAGGUUCAAAUUAGCAUUCUUGGUUAUUUUACAUUUGGAAAAUUCUUUAAUUAUAUUCAUAAUGCCAGUUAACGAUAAUAAUUUGGAAAUUAAUUUGAAACACCUGCAACAUAAAUUAAAAUCCCCUUCAUCUGAAUGUGCCAUCAUUGAAAACCAUUUUCACUGUGUGAUGAUUUUACACUGCCUUGCUACUCAUACUUUUUUUUAAAAAAACUGUAAACAGACAUAAUUCUAUUAUAUGCCUACUGAAUCAUAGUUUUUUUUGUUGUUUUUUUAAAUUCUGGUUAAUUUUUUUUUCGAAGUCAUGAUUAGAAUAAUUGCUUUUGUUAAGAGGGAUUGCUUUACAUGAAAAAUAACAAGUAAUCAGGCUGACUAUGUUCAUUAAUAAUAGGGACCUUUUUUUUCUCUCCAUUCCUGUGUGAAUUUCAAUUGUUUAAAAAAAAACCUAUGAUUAAAAGUGUACAAAAAAAAA